UACCAGAUCACCAAGUGCAUUUCGUGAAUUAUGUGUAGAUACAAAGAAGACGAGUUUCUAACGGCCGUGCGGCCAAGUGGGUGGUAUACCACAAGACGACAACACUAGGCGGAGGAUUCUAAUUUAACAGAAUAUCGAGGAUGUCCAUAUCAUGUACGAAAACGACACAGUACAAGAGGGUGUGUAUUUGGGGUAGGCGUGGAUGCUGGUCUGGCAUGAAAAAGAAAGUUAAAAGGAGAUUACGACCGUCAGCAGAUUGUGCUGAAAUCAUGGCGAUACUAGAGCCGUAUUGGCACAUUUUCAACUUUGUCCUAGAGCACGAACAACGACCAAAGAUACGGGCCCUGAUUCCAUGGAGAACAUCGACGUCUUCACCUCCUGUACUUAUCCAUUUCCUCGAAGGACUAGUCGAAGCAUCCGGGGCCGCUGCCUAUCCAUAUUGGGUCUCACACCAACUCCGAAGAAGUAGUCACAAGUACAACCACUGCGACUAUAGUAUCCGGCUGUUUCUUGGUCAUUUCUUGCGCUGUCUUCGAGAGGUGAAUGCAAAGAUUGAGUGGUUUGCGGUGGACGCGAAGCCGCUCAUACUUUUCCACUGGUAUGGCAAUCCGCUUCAGCUAAAGGUACGGCAUAGUGUCUUUAGCAUCACGACCAAAUCGGGUGAAGAGUACAUUGCAGACUUCACAAUCGAACAAUUUGGCUACCCCAGCGCGAUGUGGUUCAUGGAGAAGAAGGAGUAUGUUGAGAAGUGUACGACGGGGCAAGAGAUGAUGCAGCCAUGCGAGGAGGAGAUUGCCAGUGCGAUGCAAGGGGAGAUUGAGAUGACAUGCAAGGUGGAGGUUGUCAGAGAACUGUGCAGAAGGUUAGAUUUCAGAAGGUGGAGGCGAUGGGAUAAGGACAGCAGGGUAGAGUGGUUGGAACAGCGGGUGCAAGAAGCAUUAUCGAGGAGAGGGGGGCGCAAGCUGUAUUGAUAGUAAAUGUGAUUGAUAGGGUACUUGGUGGGAGCGGCCUGUGUAGCUCCGCGGAAGCCGGCGCUGGGCAUCUUCGUCCGUCUAAAGCCGUGCCAGCCUCGAAAUCGAUAAUGGUCGUCUGCCCUGCAUGCGCAGCCCUAAACAUGACCUGCAGGUUGACGACUGUUUCGGCCCCCACACGAUACCGGUGAAUAACUUGAGGCAGUGAUGGGCCAAUCAGGUGGUGUUGCAUACGUAUGUAUGUCUGCGUGGACCCAGAACAGGACGGCCCUGCGGGCGACGAGAAGCGCGAGGACACGGGUGCUGUGCGAGCAUGCGACUAGGGGAAUUGCGGAUCGGGUGGAGCUGCGCAUUUGUGCAAGUCGCAGGUCGCGGGGCGGCGGGUUUU